AUGACGGAGUUUACCCCAUGUGAUAGCUGGUUAGAUAAAGCAGAUUCUAGGCGCGUUAAAUUUUCUAAAGAAGAAGAUGAUAUUCUUCAACAUCAAGUUGCCAUAUUUGGGCCAAGAAGAUGGAAUAUCAUUUCCCAUGCUCUGCCAGGAAGAACCCCAAGGCAAUGCAGAGAUCGCUUCAUGAAUUAUUUAAAUGAAAACCUUGUAAAUGGCCCCUGGACUACCGAAGAAGACGAUCUUUUGCAAAAAUUGUAUUACCAAUACGGACCACAAUGGAGUUUAUUGAGAACUUAUUUUCAAGGUCGAAGCGCUAACAAUAUUAAAAAUAGAUGGAACACACAUUUCUCAAAGCGCGUAAGGAAAUAUAUACCGAAGAAGAUUCGUCAAUUUAAAUCAAUAAUUUAUCCAUGCGUUCAAGAAAAUUCUAGCUAUCCUAAAAAGCAAUUCCCCUCUCUAUGUCCUCCUUCUCCAACAACCAAUGAUCUGAACGAAUUUUCAGAAGAAAUUCAGAAUAAUUUUGAAAUGGCUUGUCUCCCAAAGUUCGAAUUAAUGAAUUAG